AUGGAACACGUAAUACAAGUACGAAGGCAGCAGAUCUUUGCCAGUCCAUCUGAGAGUCAAGAAAAGCUUCGUGUCGGUUUCAGAGUUACUGGUAGAGUUUACAGAUCAUCAUUUUUUCCUGGCAUCGUUCGUUCGAUCCUCUUCCACCCCCCUGAUCCAUCCAUUCCGGCCAUGGACUCCAACGCCAACGGCGGGCGCAGCACGAUGGUAGGGGAGAUGGAGAGCAGCUUGGAGCGGGUCAGGCGGCAGCUCUCCUCCAGCUCCACCCGCCAUAUCCUCCAGGGCCCUCUCUUAAAGCGAUCCGAUACACUCAGGAAAUGGAAUGAGCGGUGGGUUAUACUUGAUCCAGCUACUGGAAAGAUGGAAUACAAGGUUCGUAGAAGUGAUACAACUGUGAGGGGAAUAAUUGUGUUCGAUUCAACAAGCACCGUCACUUUGUCACCUACCAACUUUCAUGGACUGCCAAAAUAUGAAGGAUGUUGUGUAUAUAUUGGGACUCCACAAAAAAAGGAGUACUUUCUUUGUGCAGAAACUCCCAGCGCUGCAAGAGCAUGGGUAUCUACUUUACAUGCAACUCAGUUGGUCCUACAGGCUCAUAAACAGGCGGUGGAUUCAUUGGGUGGAAAUGGUUCUGCAAAAUUGGGAACAGUUGCUACUGUUGUGGCUGUGGCCAAUGCAACUGCGAUUGAAGCAUCCAAAGAGGUAGAAGCAGCGAUGAAGAUCUCCCUGCGGGCAGCUUUAGGCUCAACUACAAAUAAACUUAGUAAAGGUCAAUUAGAUGAUCUCACAAUCAUGAUGGAGACCCUUCGAGUUAAAGAUGAUGAACUGCACCAGCUAUUGCAGGAUAUCCGUGCACGAGAUUCCACCAUCAGGGAGAUUACAGAUAAAUUACAGGAGACUGCUGAGGCAGCUGAAACUGCUGCUUCUGCUGCUCAUGCAAUUGAUGAAGCAAGAAGAUUUUUAUCUUCAGAACUUGAACGCCUGAAACAAGAUCAGGAAAAUCAAGUUGAAUUGUCCUUGCUUAGGCUAAGGGAAUCAGAAGAAAAGUCAAAGCUUCUUGCUGAAGAAAGAGAGCAUUUACUCAAGGAAAGAGAUUCUGCUCUUCAAGAAGCUCAGAUGUGGCGCUCUGAGCUUGGAAAAGCUAGAGGAAAUGCUGUCAUUUUAGAAGCAGCUGUUGUGAGAGCUGAAGAGAAAGCUAGGGUUUCAGCAGCCGAUGCUGACAUGCGAAUAAAGGAAGCUGUGAGUAAGCUCGAGUCUGCUGCGAAAGAAAAGGAAGAACUCUUAGCUCUCGUGGAUGCUCUAAAAUCACAAAUACAAAGGCAAGAGACUAGCACAAAACAAAUCUGUGAGGAAAGGUCAGAGCUGUGCUCUACUUCAAAGCAUAUGGACAUGGACGACGAUAACGUGGAUAAGGCUUGUUUAAGCGAUACAGACCUGAUACCCAUUGCGGAGAACAUAGUCGAGUUGGAUGACGAGGGAGUCGAUAUACGUACGAUCGGGGACACAGAGUGGGAAAAUCCUCAUUCCUCUGAAGUAUCUGAUGUAAGGGAGGUGACCACAGAAGCUGAAGAAAACAGCUUGGAUAUUCCUGUUGAUAGCCAGCCAGUUGCUGACGAUACUUUCCAAGGCUAGACUGGACUUUUGCCAUUCUUGUACACCAUGACUUUUUGUACUAAAGUUUUUCAUCUCGGUUCACAGCGAACAUUCUUAUAAUCUUAUUCAGUUUUCGCAUUGACCCAGAGUUCCGUCACAGCUUUUGUUGCUCAUCUGUAAACCUGAGUGAAACAAAAAGAAGAAUUGGAUCAUCAAGUGUACCAUUGGCGAUCAUGUUGAACAGUUUA